AGCCGAGGAGCAAAUUAACACGUACACGGAUCGAAUAAUGCAGGUCGACAUGGCUCAGCCUCAGCAGCAGCCACUACUCAUCAUCUUCUCUCCACAGGGGCUUCUCACUCUGUUCCUCUGCUCCCUUUUCCUCCUGCUGCUACGAUACUACAAUAACAAGCAGCAGCUCGACCAAGGCCGCCGCCGGCUCCCUCCUUCGCCACCAAGCAGGUUCCCGAUCAUCGGCCACCUGCACCUGGUUAACCCGGAAACCCCUCACGUCUCCCUGGCCGAGCUCUCACGGAAGCACGCGGGCCCCGACGGGCUCCUUCUCCUGGACCUGGGCCAGGCCCGCAACCUCGUGGUCUCCUCCCCGCGGGCCGCCGAGGCCGUCCUGCGUGCGCACGACCACGCCUUCGCCUCGCGCCCGCCUUCCGCGGUCGCCGACGUGCUCUUCAACGGCGUCUCCGACGUCGCGCUCGCGCCCUACGGCGAGUACUGGCGCCAGGCCAGGAGGCUCGUCACCACGCACCUGCUUAGCGCCAGCAAGGUGCGCGCCCUGGCCGGCGCCCGGGACGAGGAAGUGGCCCUGGUGCUCGCCAAGGUCCGGACCGCGGCCUGCGGCGCCCAAGGCGGCGCCGUCGACCUGAGCGAGAUGCUGGGCGCCUACGCCAACGACGUCGUGUGCUGCGCCGUGUCCGGCAAGUUCUUCCGGGAGGAGGGCCGGAACGAGCUGUUCCGGGAGCUCAUCGCCGGGAACGCGGCCGUGUUCGCGGGGUUCAACCUGGAGGACUACUUCCCGGGGCUGGCCAAGGUGCGCCUGCUCCGGCGGCUCGUGCUGGCCAGGACGAUCGCGCUGAAGAAGAGGUGGCACGAGCUGCUCGACAAGAUCAUAAAUGACCACGCAGCCAAAUCUUGUUCGUCGCGGAAACAACAUGAUAGAAACCACGACGAGCAACAAGAAGAUCAGGAGAGAGACUUUGUAGACGUUCUUCUCUCUCUUCAGCAGGAGUACAAUCUCACCAGAGACAACAUCAAGGCCGUCUUGAUCGACAUGUUUGCAGCGGGCACAGACACGUCAUACAUCGUCAUGGAGUUUGCGAUGGCGGAGCUGAUGCGGAAACCCAGCGUCAUGGCCAAGCUCCAAGCCGAGAUAAGGAGCAAGACGCCCAAGGGCCAACAGACGGUCAAGGAGGAAGACUUGAGCGGCAUGGCCUACCUGAAGGCCGUCGUGAAGGAGACGCUUCGGCUGCAUCCGCCCGUGCCGCUCCUCCUGCCGCGCAUCUCCAUGUCCAGCUGCGAUGACGUCAACGGCUACGCUGUCCCGGCCGGGACGCGCGUUCUUGUCAAUGCAUGGGCACUUGGGAGAGAUGCACGGUCAUGGGGGGAGGACGCAGAGGAGUUCUCGCCGGAGAGGUUCAUGGUCGACCACGACAGCGCGGCGGCAACGACCGACUUCAAGGGGAGGGAUUUCCAGUUCCUGCCGUUCGGAGCCGGGCGGAGGAUCUGCCCCGGGUUGGGUUUCGGGAUGGCCUCCGUGGAGAUGAUGCUCGCCAACCUUGUCUACUGCUUCAAUUGGGAGCUCCCCCGUGGGAUCCGUGAGGAGGACAUAGACAUGGCCGACGUGUUUGGGCUGACCAUGCGUCGGAAGGAGAAGCUUCUUCUUGUCCCAACGAUACCACCGGAUCUCGAGCAUGAUGCUUGCGGUAGGUCAGCUUAAGUUCUUGCCCAACGUCUUGCGCCGGCGUUGCUAGAGAACACGUGUCUAGCCAACAGAGAUAAUUAAUCACUCCGUUCUAUAGGACGAAGUAUGAUGCAAGUACUCAACACUAUAAAACUUCGCACGCUAAUAUGUACGAGUGUACUUGAAUCGAACAUUUUGUAAUUUAUAGUAAAUUUCAUAAAUCACGUAAUUUUGUGCAAUUGGCACAAAACCA